AUGCUGCUGCUCGCGACAUUGACAGCGGCGCUCUCCCUCUCCCCAGCGCAUGGGGCAGUCGUCGACCGUGGCCUCUUCGACAAGACAUAUGACUACAUCAUCGUGGGCGGGGGUACGGCCGGUCUCGCGCUCGCAGCCCGACUCUCGGAGAACCCAAACCUCGACAUAGCUGUGAUUGAGCCCGGGAUCAAGUACCAGGUCUCCAACAUCGCCUUCAGCAGCACGCCUGGCGCAGACGUGCUCUUCAUCGGCUCGUCGAUGAGCGACUCGCAGCCCCUCGUGGACUGGAACCUGGAGACGGAGCCGCUUACGGGCGGCCUGGGGCGCAAAGUGCACUAUGCGCGCGGCAAGUGCCUCGGCGGCAGCAGCGCGCGCAACUUUAUGAUCUACCAGCGGCCAGACCGCGGCUCGCUCGACAUGUGGGCGUCCCUCGUCGGCGACGAGAGCUACUCCUGGUCCAACUUUGAGCCCUUCUUCCGCAAGAGCGUGACCUUCACGCCGCCCCGCAACGAUGUCCGCGACCCGAACGCCACGGUCACCUGGAGCGCUGAAGCCUACGACGCCGGAGCCGGCCCCCUCUCAGUUACGUACCCGAACUACGGCGGGCCGUUGACGUCCUACCUCCUCCCCGGCCUGGGUGAAGCGCUCGGCAUCCCCCUCGUCGACGGGUUCUCGGCCGGCAACAUUCACGGAAGAAGCUAUGCGCCCGUGACAGUACAGGCGAAGAGCGGGAACCGCGAGUCAUCGCAGACGUCCUUCCUCGACGAGGCGGAGCAUAGGGGCAACCUGCACGUGCACAAGAUGACGCAGGCGGAGCGCGUCCUCUUUGACGAGGAGCGGAAUGCGGUCGGUGUCGAGGUGGGCUGGGGCCGCAAGUUCAUGGCGCGGCGGGAGGUGAUUCUGUCUGCUGGCGCGUUCCACUCGCCGCAGCUCCUCAUGCUCUCUGGUAUAGGUCCCGCCCAUCAUCUGCGCGAGCAUGGCAUCAACGUGAUCGCGGACCGGCCCGGGGUCGGGCAGAACCUGACAGACCACAUCUUCUUCUCGCCCACAUACCGCGUCAAGGUGCAGACCUUUACUUCGCUCGCGAACAACAUUCUCAAGAUUGGCUGGGAGUUCCUCACGAAUUUCAGCAGAAACCGAGGCGUGCUCACCAACAAUGUCUCGGACAUGAUUGCCUUCGAGGACAUCCCGCGCGAAGACCUCAAGGCCGACACCCUCGCGCUGCUCGACAGGUACCCCGAGUCCUGGCCUGAUGUCGAGUAUAUGUCUGCCCCCGGGCAUAUUGGCGACUUUUCGAGUCUGUUCAAGAACCAGCCGAAGGAUGGGUACCAGUAUGGCGCCAUGCUGGCGGCGUUGGUGAACCCGCAGUCGAGGGGGAGCGUGACGCUGCGCUCGAACAGGAUCAGCGACAAGCCAGUCAUCGACGCCGGGUGGCUGACGCACCCCGCUGACGCCGAUGUAGCUGUCCAGGCGUACAAAAGGGUACGAAAGGUUUUCGCCUCGGACGCUGUCAGGCCCGUCCUCGCCCAUCCCGAGGAGUAUCAUCCUGGCCCCAGCGUGGCGACAGACGAGGAGAUCCUGCACCAGAUCAGGCGCGACAUGAUGACCGUCUGGCAUGCGUCAACGACGUGCCGCAUGGGCCGGGUUGAUGACCCCACCGCCGUGGUGGACAGCAAGGCAAGGGUCAUCGGUGUCAACAAGCUCAGAGUCGUCGAUGCGUCCGCUUUUGCGCUCCUCCCACCAGGCCACCCGCAGAGUGUGGUAUACGCGCUGGCGGAGAAGAUCGCGGCCGACAUCUUGGCGGGAAUCAAGGAGGAGGAACAACACAGUCUGGACAACAACUGGUGGAAGAGGGAGGCGAAGCUGUAG